AUGGAGAAAAGCGAACAAGUACCGGAGACAGGGACUUGGCCCUCCGCCCAGGCAGCCGCCGCGUCCAGGGGCGGCCGCGCGCGAUGCGGCGCUGAUGGCAUGGCUCGGCCGACUCGCGCUGCGUUCCCUCCGGGCCGCACGGAUAGAGGAGGGCGCCGAGAAGAGGGGCAGGGCUCAGGAGACAAGAAGAAGAGAGACGAUAAGAUCGUGCAGAAGAAGGAAGAGAAGCCACAGGUGGCCGCUCCCGAGGAGACCGUGCAGCAAGCAGAGGAGAGCGGGCCUCCCAAGAAGAAGAAGGGUGUGGGCGGCGCGCCCAAGAAGAAAAAGUGA